CCCCGCUCCCGGCCAUGGCUCACCGCGGCCCCGCGCUCUGCCUGCUGCUCCUGCACGCUGCCUGCCUCUGCCUGGCCCAGCUCCGGGGGCCACCAGGAGAGCCCGGCCCACGAGGGCCCCCAGGUCCGCCAGGAGUGCCGGGAGCGGAUGGCAUUGAUGGUGACAAAGGCUCUCCCGGAGCCCCCGGCUCCCCGGGUGCCAAAGGGGAGCCCGGAGCCCCGGGUCCGGAUGGGCCCCCAGGGAAGCCAGGCUUAGACGGUCUUACAGGUGCCAAAGGGGAGCCAGGGCCCACGGGGGGGGCAGGAGUGAAGGGUCAACCCGGACUGCCAGGGCCACCGGGGCUCCCAGGCCCCUCGCUGCCAGGACCACCUGGGCUGCCAGGCCAGGUCGGACUGCCCGGGGAGAUCGGAGUGCCAGGACCCAAGGGCGAUCCUGGACCCGAUGGCCCACGGGGCCCCCCAGGUCCCCCAGGAAAACCCGGCCCCCCAGGACACAUCCAAGGAGUGGAGGGAAGCGCAGAUUUCUUGUGCCCGACCAACUGCCCACCAGGUCCCAAGGGCCCCCAGGGACUGCAGGGACUGAAGGGACACAGAGGUCGGCCCGGCGCCUUGGGGGAGCCUGGCCAGCAGGGCAAACAGGGCCCCAAGGGUGACGUCGGUGUCUCCGGAGAGCAAGGUGUCCCAGGCCCUCCAGGGCCGCAGGGCCAGCGGGGGUAUCCAGGGAUGGCAGGACCCAAAGGCGAGACGGGUCCUACUGGCUACAAGGGGAUGGUGGGGACCAUUGGCGCGGCCGGGAGGCCGGGCAGGGAAGGCCCUAAGGGACCUCCAGGGGAGCCAGGAGAGAAGGGAGAGCUGGGCGGCCGCGGCAUCAGGGGCCCCCAGGGAGACAUCGGCCCCAAAGGGGAGAAUGGUCUGCCUGGCAUUGAUGGCAAGGAUGGCACACCGGGCAUCCCAGGUGUGAAGGGCUCUGCAGGACAGCCUGGCCGCCCGGGGCCCCCGGGACAUCGUGGACAAGCUGGUUUGCCGGGCCAGCCAGGAAGUAAAGGUGGCCCAGGGGACAAGGGUGAGGUGGGACCUCGGGGGCAGCAAGGCAUCACCGGAGCCCCGGGGCUGAUGGGUGAACCCGGCCCCCGGGGUGAGCAGGGACCGCAGGGCGUCCCUGGGCUGAAGGGUGACCGGGGGGAACGUGGCCCCGUUGGAGCCCCCGGUGAGCAGGGCAGAGCGGGGCCCAAAGGUGAACAGGGCCCCCCAGGGAUCCCAGGACCCCAAGGCUUGCCAGGAGUCAAAGGAGACAAGGGCUCCCCAGGGAAGACUGGCCCCAAAGGCAGCAUUGGAGACCCCGGUGUCCACGGCCUCGCAGGGGUGAAGGGUGAGAAGGGUGAAUCGGGUGAGCCAGGACCAAAGGGACAGCAAGGCAUUCAGGGUGAGCUCGGCUUCCCUGGGCCCUCUGGGGACGCAGGCUCACCCGGUGUGAGGGGCUACCCAGGUCCCCCCGGCCCACGGGGGCUGCUGGGGGAGCGUGGUGUGCCAGGAAUGCCGGGGCAGCGCGGCCUUGCAGGACGGGAUGCCGGUGACCAGCACAUCAUUGACGUGGUGCUGAAGAUGAUGCAAGAGCAGCUGGCGGAGGUGGCCGUCAGCGCCAAGAGAGCCGCCCUGGGGGGAGUCGGUGCCAUGGGCCCCCCUGGACCCCCAGGGCCUCCGGGGCCACCUGGGGAGCAAGGCCCCCACGGACCCAUGGGAGCUCGAGGUGUUCCUGGCCUCCUGGGUGCCGCCGGGCAGAUCGGCAACAUCGGACCCAAAGGGAAGCGUGGGGAGAAGGGUGAGCGGGGAGACACCGGCCGUGGGCACCCGGGGAUGCCGGGUCCUCCAGGGAUCCCAGGUCUCCCUGGCAUCCCUGGCCACGCGCUGGAUGGCAAGGAUGGGGAGCGGGGCCCACCUGGCGUCCCAGGAGAUGCUGGGCGCCCUGGGUCCCCCGGCCCUGCAGGGCUGCCGGGUUUCUGUGAUCCAGCUGCCUGCCUGGGGGCUUCUGCCUACGCCUCGGCACGGCUGACGGAGCCAGGCGCCGUCAAAGGACCGCUGUACUGA